ACCCGAAUGUUUCGUAUCGUAUUUCUGUUCGCCAUAUUGGUGUAGAUGCUAGCUUGGGAAAAUCCAGAAACAUCUUGGCCUCCAUUUGUGAAAUACGUUAAAAUUUUAGUAUCCAGUGAGUUUCUUGUGUCUAUUGGAUGUGUUUGGGUGACCAUUUCUGAAAUCUAGUGGUCUCUGAGACAAGUGCAUUAUUAUUUACUGUGGCUGUAGGCAUCUCUGUGACAGAAGAAGUUCGAAUCAAAAAUGGCGUGUGCUACACUGAAAAGGUCUCUGGAUUGGGAACCCGUUUUAGGUGCUAGGCCUGCGAAAAGGAGAAGAUGCAUUCCGUUCUGUGGUACUCCAAGCCCUUCGAAGGAAAGGCCCAUGGUCUCGCCCAUCGGCCUCCACCAUCAAUCCGCCUCACAGUCGGCGUCGGUGACGAGUACGCCUUCCAGUUCCUUUUUCCCGGACGUCGUUGGCAAAAAUCUCACGCCAGAAGUAAUGGCAGCAAACAUAAGGGCAGAAUUGAAACGGUUCCAGAGGCGUAAACAGCUUCAAUUUGGUUCGAAUUCAGACAACGACAGCGGCUCAGGAGGUGAGCAGACGGAAUCACCAUCAAAAUCAGAAAAACCAGUGUUCACAUUUAAGCAGGUGGGAUUAAUUUGUGAACGAAUGCUUAGGGAAAAGGAAUCAGAAAUUAGGGAAGAGUAUGAUAAUGUCCUCACAACAAAACUAGCCGAACAAUACGAUGCCUUCGUCAAGUUCACAUAUGACCAGAUACAAAAAAAUUAUUCAUCUGUACCUAGUUAUUUAUCGUAAGAGAAGAUUAUUUUUCUUUAUUGAGUAUAUCAGCGCAUAAAUAUUAAACAAAACUUAUAUAAAUAUAUAUAUACAUACAGGUAGUUUUGCAUAUGAAACUAUAUACACUACACUUUUACAAUUUUGUCGGUAAUACGUUGUUGAGGUAGUCCCGCCUUACAUCAUUAUAAAUAUAUAUAUAUAUUAUAU